AUGAGAAUACUCAAACCCACCAUCCUCAGGUGCUCAUCUCUAUCUGUUGAUCUCUAUCAUCGCAUAGAGUUGCAAGCCUUCAUCCUUGAAGCAAAGAGUGAUCAUGCAAGCAGGCAAAGAGGGAGAGUGAGGGAGAUGGGUUUGAUUUCGCAGAGGGAGGAAUGGGCUUUUAGCCAUAUCUUCACUGUAGCUCUAAACGCUGCUAUCGAGCUCGACUUGUUCGACAUCAUCACCAAGGAAGAAGAAGAAGGAACUCAUGUCGGCUUUAGAAAUAGCUUCCAAGCUUUCAUGUUCAUGUCAACACAAAGACUUGGUUCUCAGGUUGGAUCGUCUCUUGAGGCUUCUCACAAGCUGAACUUUAAGGAUGCAAUCACUGACGAAGACAAUGACUUGUUCAAGAAAAUUCAUGGAAUGCCAAUUUACCAAUACGCAGAGACAGAUCCAACAUGGAACAAGACUUUCAACAAAGCAAUGGCCAAUAUUAGCAACCUACAAAUGAGAAGGACGUUAGAAAUAUACAAAGGAUUUGAGGGAGUAUCAACACUUGUUGAUGUCGGAGGUGGCACUGGUCAAAAACUAGCAAUGAUUGUCGCUAAGUAUCCUUCAAUUAAGGGUAUCAAUUUUGAUUUGCCCCAUGUUAAUUCAAAAUUCACCACCCCAUUCAGGCUAUUUGCCACAAUUGGUCUGAUGAAAAAAAGCAUAAAACUUUUGAGCGAAUGCCAUGAAGGAUUGCUUGAAAAUGGAAGGCUAAUUGUGAUGGACUUAAUAAUGCCAAAAGCAAUUGGACCAACAGAAGAAGCCAAGCUUGUAUUAAGCAUGGACAAUCUCAUGUCAUUUUUUGAUAGUAAAGAAAGAACUGAAAGAGUUUGA